UUUUCCUCGAGAACGCCAGGAAAAAAGAAAAAGAAAAAGAAAAAGAAAAGAAAAGAAAAUUACGAAAGAAAAGAGUCGUCAGGCUAAGUAAGAAAAUUAAGGCUGCUGUAGGCCGUAGCGACGGAGGAUUAGGAAGCGUCCGACAUUGCUAGUAGGUUUGAAGUUUGGCAUUCUAUAUCCGCGGACACAGUCCAUAGUAAAGUAAACGAACCAAAGGACACAAAAGAAAAGGCGUUUACAGGAAAUAAAUUUCAGAUCCAAACCAUACAAAGGGAAGAGACUUAGAGAUUUAGCUUUGAGUGUUCAAGAGAGGGAAACGAGGGACAUGGAGGUCGAACUGAAAGAGUUGCUAGCUGAUCUUCAAUCUCUGAAGCAAUCGCUUCCUGAUCCAUCUCUUCAUGGUUCCCUCGAUAAGAUUCAAUCCCGUGUUGAACAUCUUGAAAAUCUCGCAAAGGCUGCGCCUGUUCGACGAUCCAAAGUUAAGGACAUGAGUGCUGAAGUUGUAGACAGCAAUCCUUACAGUCGGCUUAUGGCGCUUCAGAGAAUGGGUAUUGUGGAGAACUACGAAAGAAUACGGGAAUUCUCUGUUGCCAUUGUUGGAAUAGGUGGUGUGGGAAGUGUUGCAGCUGAGAUGCUAACUAGAUGUGGAAUAGGUCGACUUUUGUUGUAUGAUUAUGACAAAGUGGAACUCGCUAACAUGAAUAGGCUCUUCUUUCGUCCAGAUCAGGCAAGUAUGACAAAGACAGAUGCGGCUGUACAGACACUUUCAGAUAUAAAUCCUGAUGUAGUGCUUGAGAGCUAUACUAUGAACAUCACUACAGUCGAAGGUUUUGAUAUCUUUACGUCAAGUUUGAAAAAUAAAUCAUUUCGCCCUGAUAAACAAGGUCGUGGUGUGGACCUUGUGUUAAGUUGUGUGGAUAAUUAUGAAGCCAGAAUGGCUGUUAACCAGGCUUGCAAUGAACUGAGCCAGACAUGGAUUGAGUCAGGUGUGUCUGAGGAUGCUGUGUCCGGUCAUAUUCAGUUACUUAUUCCUGGUGAAACUGCCUGUUUUGCAUGUGCACCUCCUCUGGUUGUGGCAUCUGGGGUAGAUGAGCGCACGCUCAAGCGUGAAGGCGUUUGUGCUGCAUCUUUACCCACUACCAUGGGAGUUGUAGCUGGGCUGCUUGUCCAAAAUGCACUGAAAUUCUUGUUAGGUUUUGGACAAGCCUCUCCGUAUUUGGGAUAUAAUUCUCUAAAGGAUUUUUUCCCAACCAUGCAAAUGAAGCCGAACCCUCACUGUUCCAAUGGAGCUUGCUUGAAAAGACAGGAAGAAUACGUUCUUGCAAAGCCAGCAAGGGAUGCUGCAGCAAAAGCCAAAAUGGAAGCUGAAGCACUCUCAACUGAGGAAGGCCCACUUCAUGAUGACAAUGAAUGGAAUAUAAGUGUGGUUGAUGAUUGCGAGGUGGGUGGUCCUGAAGCAAAAAGUUCAGAUGCCCUGCCAGAAGGUCUCACUCGCGAGCUCCCAAGUGCGGACGAGUUUAAUAAUUUGUCUGCUCCUGGAGCCCCCAUCAUUGACAACGAUGACCUUGAAGAUCUCCGAAGGCAACUUGAAGCCAUUAAUUCUGCAUAGCUCCAAUUAUAGAUUUUUUCUCUCUCUCUUUUUAAUAUUUGAAAAUUGUUAACUUUUUUUGGUUUAGAAUCCAGCAAUCAGAUUUUUUUUUAAAAAAAAGGAUUCAUUUCUUUACACCUUUA